CUCUCUGUAGCACUAGAACCAGCUCCCACAAAAUAGUCUGCACUGCCAACUAAUCCCUGCCCAUCUGACAAACCACUCGAUAGACAUGGAGAAUCUACUACGCUGGGGUAUUGAGCAUUCUACUCGCGACGAGAAUGGCCAGCCUGUGACUCCUCAACCUCGCCAGGAUCUGGACCCAGGAGUAAUCGAUGCAAUCCUGGGGAAGCCGGAUUCCGUUCUCAUGCAAGAAGCUUUGGCGGCGGCAGUCGACGAGCGCAAGGAUGAGGACGAGCGAAUACAAUCCCUGGACAACUUCGAAAUGCUUAUUGAACAAAUUGACAACGCUAACAACAUCGAGAAGAUGAAGAUGUGGGAGACAUUGCACGGGCUGCUCACCUCGCCCUCGUCGACGGAUUCCAUAAAGAUGCAGACAUUAUGGAUCGCUGGCACUGCAGUGCAAAAUAACCCUUCGGCACAAGCAUCCUAUCUUGCACUAUCGCCGAUGCCAGCGCUGCUCUCCUUCCUCGGUCCUUCGAUAAAGUCAGGAAAACUGCGUUCAAAGGCGAUAUAUGCGCUAUCAGGCCUUCUGAAACACAACGCCCCUGCAGUAAAACAGUUUGAAGAGGCGGGCGGUUGGAAGAUCUUGAAGGCAGCACUUGAAGAUCCUGAUAUUACUGUUCGCCGGAAGACCGCAUUCCUCCUGAACUCACUGAUCGUUCCAGCACAACCUGUCCCUCAGGCGAGGCCCACUCCACCCCCUUCUCUUUCAGCCUCCACGGGGCCAUCCAGCACCAGCACUAGCGUCACACUUCACCCGUCUGCACAGACCUCCGCACCAAGCGAGCCCGUACACCCGAACUCGCAUGCCGCGAUGCUGGCAAACCCAUCGUCCUUCUCUACCUCGCCUGCCACACUCAAAGCACUCGAAGAGCAUGGCUUGCUCCAGGCCCUAGUGUCCGCGGUAACUUCUCCUACUCCACACGGCGUGGACGGAGAACACGAGGGGGACGCGGACUUUGACGAGAAAGUGAUGAGGUCAUUGCACACGUACACUACGACCUGCGACGGCAAGUUCUCCGACGACCAAAAACGCGCGCUGCACGCGUACAUCGAGGGCGAGAUCGCGAAGGCAGACACCGAGCAAGAGGCGGCGGAGCGAUGGGGCCUGACGACAGACGAGCUGCGAUCAAUGAGGAGGGCUGUCGAGUAGUUGUGCUGCAUCUAAGUAUCGUAUUGUCUUGGCAUAAUCGUAGCUGACCACGGGCACAACAC